AUGUCGUCAAUUUACAAAGCCUUGUCAGGUAACAAGAAUAAAAAUGCCACAGAAAAGAAAGGUGCCUUUGAUAAACAUUUCAUGAAUAAACAGCGCACGUUGUUGAUAUCCAGUAGAGGUGUGAACUUCAGACAUCGUCACUUAAUCCAAGACUUAAAUGCAUUACUACCUCAUUCUAGAAAAGAACCAAAACUAGACACGAAGAAAGAUCUACAACAAUUGAAUGAAAUUGCUGAGCUAUAUAAUUGUAACAAUAUUUUAUUCUUUGAAGCUAGAAAACAUCAAGAUUUAUAUCUAUGGUUAUCCAAGCCUCCAAAUGGUCCAACUAUUAAAUUCUUCAUACAAAAUUUGAAUACUAUGAAUGAACUGAAUUUCACUGGUAAUUGUUUAAAAGGUUCUCGUCCAGUUUUAUCCUUUGAUCAUAGAUUUGACUCCUCUCCACAUUUCAAAUUAAUCAAAGAAUUAUUAAUGCAUAAUUUUGGUGUUCCACCUACUGCCAGAAAGGUGAAGCCUUUCAUUGACCAUAUCAUGUCAUUCAGUAUCGUCGAUAAUAAGAUUUGGGUCAGAACAUAUGAAAUCUCACACACAGCAAGAAAUAGCCAAGAAUAUGAAGAUGAAGAAGAAUUAUCUUUAGUUGAAAUCGGUCCAAGAUUCGUCAUGACUGUUAUCUUAAUUUUAGAAGGUUCUUUCGGUGGUCCAAAAAUCUAUGAAAAUAAACAAUACGUAUCACCAAACGUUGUAAGGGCACAAAUAAAACAACAAGCUGCCAAAGAAGCUAAAUCAAGAUCUGACGCUGCUGUUGAAAAGAAAAUUAAAAACAGAGAAAAUAUAUUAGCUGCCGACCCAUUAUCAAAUGAUGCACUAUUUAAAUAA